UUUGAGGCCACGGAAGGUAGAGUGAGCCCCAGCCCACGGUAGCCCAAUUACUAGAAAAAGCUGCAGAUUCAAGAGAGAGAGAGAGUGCGUGUGUUUUGAGGGAGAGAGGGGCCCUGCAGGCCAAAUCAGCGUGCUCUCUGGGUCUGAGGAAGAAGAGGGUUUAGCCUCGGAGAGAGGAAGAGAUGUCAGACCUAGACAGGCAAAUAGAGCAGCUGAAGAAAUGCGAGCCUCUUAAGGAGUCCGAGGUCAAGGCUCUCUGCCUCAAAGCCAUGGAAAUCCUCGUCGAAGAGAGCAACGUUCAAAGGGUCGACGCCCCUGUCACAAUAUGUGGUGACAUCCACGGGCAGUUCUACGACAUGAAAGAACUUUUCAAAGUAGGAGGUGAUUGCCCAAAGACUAACUACUUGUUUCUUGGAGAUUUUGUUGACAGAGGAUUCUACUCUGUGGAGACAUUUCUGCUUCUAUUAGCCUUGAAGGUGAGAUAUCCAGAUCGGAUAACUCUGAUUAGAGGGAACCACGAGAGCCGUCAGAUCACGCAGGUAUAUGGAUUCUACGACGAGUGCCUUCGUAAAUAUGGAUCUGUGAAUGUUUGGAGAUAUUGCACUGAUAUAUUUGAUUACUUAAGUCUAUCAGCGCUCAUUGAAAACAGAAUUUUCAGUGUCCAUGGAGGACUCUCUCCUGCCAUAUCAACAUUGGAUCAGAUACGAAUAAUUGAUCGGAAGCAAGAAGUACCUCAUGAUGGUGCUAUGUGUGACCUCCUUUGGUCUGAUCCCGAAGAUAUCGUGGAUGGUUGGGGUUUGAGUCCCCGUGGUGCUGGUUUCCUAUUUGGCGGCAGUGUCGUGACUUCUUUUAACCAUUCAAACAACAUUGAUUACAUCUGUCGUGCCCAUCAGUUGGUAAUGGAAGGCUAUAAAUGGAUGUUCAAUAGCCAGAUAGUUACAGUCUGGUCAGCUCCAAAUUACUGCUACAGAUGUGGUAAUGUAGCUGCAAUUCUUGAGUUAGAUGAGAAUCUCAACAAGCAGUUUCGUGUGUUUGAUGCUGCUCCACAGGAAUCAAGAGGGACACCUGCGAAGAAACCUGCACCAGAUUAUUUUUUAUGAAACGGGUUUGGUAAAGUUUUACUUUUCGCCAUCCAAUAUGCUUGCAUUGAUAAACAAGAAGGUAUACAGUUGCAUGGAAAUGAUCCCAUGUAAUACGAAAGAAAUCUGCGCAUUGCUUAAUGAUCGGUUCCCCCAAAUGCCGAGCAAGAGGUCUGCUUUUCUGUUUGUAAUCAGUUGGAUAAUUGGGUUUGCAUUUCUCGUUUGUCUGAUUUUACUGUCUUUGUUAUUUACGUGUAACUGUAGUGUUAAUGCAGCAAAUCAUCGAACAUAGAAUUCCUAUCCUUGUUCAUUUGAUAUCAAAAGGUGUACUUUUAUUAUUGUGGUCA